GGAUCGAACUCACGAACCAUGAGAUCAUGACCUAAGCUGAAGUCAGACGCUUAACUGACUGAGCCACCCAGGUGCCCCAUCCGUAGAUGGUUUUUAAAGCCAUGGGACUGGAUGAGAGAGGAGUCUGAGGACCUUGCCUUGCAGCACUCCACAUGGGUAGGUUCAGGAGAUGAGUGGGGACUGGAAGCCAAGUGUAGAAGGCGUUUCAAAGAAAGGAAAGUGGCACAAGGCACAGGUUGCUGAUAGGGCACGUGAAAUGAGGACUGAGAACUGAUCACUGGAUUUAGCAAUGUGGAAGUGACCUGGACAAGAGCAUUUCCAGUGGCACGGUGGAAGUGAAGGCCAGAUUAGAAAGGGUUUAAGAGAGAAUGAGAGAAGAGGAACUGGAGACAGCAAGUGCAGAUGAUCUAUCAAGGAGUUUGGCUGUACAGAGGGGCAGAGAAGUGGAGCUGUUGCUGGAGAGGGUGUCUGAUCAAUUACUGAGCAGUGUCAGGUAGGGAGAGCACACGGGACCUGGCCACAGCUUGGUCUUCCUAGAGCAUGAAUUCCUCAUCCCAAGGAAUAAGAAAGAAGGUGGAAACCGAACAGACACAGGUGGGAAGAUCUCCUGAUGACAGGGCGCAGCACUGUGUUUGCCAUGCAGCACGUCCUCGGUGCGCCCCGUGUGGUGUGGAGAGGCCUCCUUGGAAGGGACCUCUUUAUGGCCAGGACUCUCUGCAGCCCAGGCCCUAGCCAGCCCAGAGAGAAAAGACCUGAGGAGGUGGCUCUUGGGCUGUACCGCCGCCUCACAGCUCUGGGAAGAGCCCUGGGGCACGACAUUCAUCAGCGAGCAUCGUCCACAGCCACGACUUGGUGGGAAAGAUACGAAGAGUUUGUCGGACUCAAUGAAGUUCGAGAGGCCCAGGGAAAUGUGACUGAGGCAGAGAAAGUGUUCAUGGUGGCUCGAGGGCUUGUGCGAGAGGCUCGGGAGGACUUGGAAGUUCACCAGGCCAAGCUGAAGGAGGUGAGGGACCGCUUGGACCGCAUCUCCAGAGAGGAUAUCCAGUACCUAGAACUGGCUACGCUGGAGCACCGGCUGCUGCAAGAGGAGAAGAGGCUUCGUGCAACCUAUCUGCGUGCUGAAGACUCUGAGCGAGAGAAGUUCUCCCUCUUCUCUGCGGCUGUGCGGGAAAGUCACGAGAAGGAGCGCACUCGAGCUGAGAGGACCAAGAACUGGUCCCUCAUCGGGUCAGUUCUGGGGGCCUUGAUUGGUGUGGCUGGCUCCACCUAUGUGAACCGUGUGCGGCUACAGGAGCUGAAGGCCUUGCUCUUAGAGGCGCAGAAGGGGCCUGUGAGCCUCCAGGAGGCCAUCCGAGAACAGGCAUCCAGCUACUCCCUCCAGCAGAGGGACCUCCACGACCUCAUGGUGGACCUAAGGGGCCUGGUACAAGCUGGCUCCGGGCUGAGCUCUGGGACCCAGGCAGGUACUUCCCCCACCCGAGACAGAGACACAGAUGUCCUUUCAGCUGCCUUGAAAGAGCAGCUCAGCCAUUCCAGGCAGGUCCAUUCAUGUUUAGAGGGUUUACGAGAGCGGCUUGAUGGCUUGGAAAAGACUUUCAGCCAAACGGCUGAGGUGGUUCAGCUUGCGAAGGCUGCAGCACAUCCAGGCCUGCUGGGGCCAGCAGACAGGGCCCUGCCUGGCUCCUUGCUGGAGCAGGGGAGCGUGAUCUUGGCACUAUCAGACAUGGAGCAGAAGCUUGAAGCUCAGGUCAACAGGAACACCAUCUACAGCACACUGGUCACCUGUGUGACAUUUAUGGCCACUCUGCCUGUGCUCUACGUGCUGUUCAGGGCCAGCUAGCCCCGGGAGCCUCCUCCAGGGAGCUGAGGGGAUAGCCGUGGAUACAAAUUUAGCUAGAGAAUCCCAACAAUGAAGUGAGCCUUUGGGGUGCACACAACCUCAGCCUGAGGCUGAACACCAUCUGUGUGGCUCACCAGCAGGCAUACUUUGAUUUUGAGAAAAUGCUCAUUUAUGUUAAUUAUCAACACUUUGUACUAAUGUCCAAAUAAAAUGUCUUUCGGUUCAUGUUAUUUAAA